AUGGCGUCAAUAUCACCAAGCUCUGCCGAGGAGCAGUGGAUACAGCAGCUGGCGGCCAUGAAGGACGCCGUGGCAGCUCUCAAGCUCCCUCCCACAUCAGACGUCAGCGAACUGGACGACCAGUACGACGACUUGGACGACACAGACGACAGCGACGGCUACUACAGCUCGGCCAGUGGUGGUGCUGGCCAGGAUAUUUGGGACUUUAUCUCGGACGACGAGCUCGAGGAGCUUGGUCUGGCACCGAGUGACGUCGGCGGUUUAGGCCGUGGCGGCAGCAGCACAGCCGGCGGUGCGAAGUCUUUUCCUUCGUCCUCCUCCUCCUCCUCCUACACACCCGCCUGGCUCUCUACAAAAUGCCUGGCCAUGGCCUCGCGAAGCAGCCAAGCGGCCGCACCGAUACCACCCGACGUGCUGCAGGAACAGAUCAUGGACGUGCUGCAGUCGUCCCGGCCAGAAGAGGAGCUGCAGUCGCAGCUGACGGACCUGGUGGGCUUUGAUGACCUGGACUUUGUCAUUGAGCUACUCGCCCACCGCGACGAAAUCGUGGCGGCAGCCGUGGCAGAAGACGCAGCACCACCACCGGAAAGUCACAACGGGCCGUCGGUCGGCGGCUCGCGGCUCUUGACCAAGGCGCAGCGCGAGGAGCAGCUGCGCCAGAAAGAUUUCGAGCACAAGACGGCCGUCCUCAGCGCCGCAUCGGCCAAAGAGGCCGAGUACCCACACGUCUACAAGGCCUACCACGCCGGCAACAGCCUGAGCGUGACGGGCAAGCGCUAUGCACUGCCUGCGGGCAGCACGGUGCGUGAGAAGGAAAAGUAUACCGAGUACUACAUCCCCGCCGGCAGCAAAGGCACGCUGGGUCCUGGGCAGAGCCUGGUCAAGAUCAGCGACCUCGACGGGCUGUGUCGGGGCACGUUCAAGGGCUACACGACCCUGAACCGCAUGCAGAGCCUGGUGUACCCGGUGGCGUACAAAACGAGCGAGAACAUGCUGAUCUGCGCGCCCACGGGUGCCGGCAAAACAGACGCAGCCAUGCUCACGAUCCUGCACACCGUCGGGCAAUACGCGCUGCCCAGUCCCGUGGACGACGCUGCUGUGGACGAUUUUGCGGUGGACGGCGAGGACUUCAAGAUCGUCUACGUCGCACCCAUGAAGGCGCUGGCCGCCGAGAUUACCGAGAAGCUGGGCAAGCGGCUGGCGUGGCUCGGCAUCCAGGUCCGCGAGUACACGGGCGACAUGCAGCUGACCAAGGCCGAGAUCGUGCGCACGCAGAUCAUCGUGACGACCCCUGAGAAGUGGGACGUCGUCACACGCCGCGGCGUCGGCGACACGGAGCUCGUGCAGAAGGUGCGCCUGCUGAUCAUCGACGAAGUGCACAUGCUGCACGACGAGCGCGGUGCCGUCCUCGAGUCGCUGGUGGCGCGGACAGAGCGCCAGGUCGAGAGCACGCAGUCGCUGAUCCGCGUUGUCGGCCUCAGCGCCACGCUGCCCAACUACAUUGACGUCGCCGACUUUCUCAAGGUCAACCGCUACGCGGGUCUCUUCUAUUUCGACGCCUCGUUUCGUCCCGUGCCCCUGCAGCAGCACUUUAUCGGCGUCAAAGGCAAGGCGGGCAGCAAGGAAGGCAAGGAGAACCUCGACACUGUCGCCUUUGAAAAGGCACGGGACAUGCUCGAGCAGGGCCACCAGAUCAUGGUCUUUGUGCACUCGCGGCGCGACACCAUGGCCACCGCCAAGAUGCUGCACGAAAAGGCCACAGACGAGAUGUGCCUCGACCUGUUCGACCCCAGCACCCAUCCGCGCUACGAGGCCGCCGUGGCGUCCAUGAAGACGUCCAAGGCCCGCGAGAUCCGCGACCUGCUGCCCAAGGGCCUGGGCAUCCACCACGCCGGCAUGGCCCGGUCCGACCGCAACCUCAUGGAGCGCCUGUUCGGCGAGGGCGUGCUCAAGGUCCUGUGCUGUACGGCGACCCUCGCGUGGGGCGUCAACUUGCCCGCGGCCGCCGUCAUCAUCAAGGGCACGCAGGUGUACAGCGCCCAGGACGGCAAGUUUGUCGACCUCGGCAUCCUCGACGUGCUCCAGAUCUUUGGCCGUGCCGGCCGUCCGCAGUUUGAGGACACGGGCAUCGGCAUGAUCUGCACCUCCCACAACAAGCUGACGCACUACCUGACGGCCGUGACUGAGCAGCUGCCCAUCGAGUCGCGCUUCUCGGCCAAGCUCGUCGACAACCUGAAUGCCGAGAUCGCACUCGGCACCGUCACCUCCAUCCCCGAGGCCGUGCAGUGGAUCGGCUACUCGUACCUCUUUGUGCGCAUGCGCCGCAACCCCAUGGCCUACGGCAUCGACUGGGCCGAGUUCGCGCAGGAUCCCAUGCUCGUGCAGCGCCGUCGCCAGCUGGCUGUCCAGGCGGCGCGCACGCUGCAGCAGAGCCAGAUGAUUAUUUACAACGAGGCGACCGAAGAGCUGCGCAGCAAGGACGUUGGGCGCAUUGCCAGCCAGUUUUACAUCUUGCACUCGAGCAUCCAGAUUUUCAACACCAUGAUGCGCCAGCACGCCACCGAGGCCGACGUGCUGCAGAUGAUCGCCAAGAGCAGCGAGUUUGACAACAUCUCGUCGCGCGACAGCGAGAACAAGGAGCUGGCCAAGCUCAAGGACACGGGCACGGUCUGCGACGUGGGCGGCACCAUUGACUCCCCCCAGGCCAAGACCAACAUCCUCCUGCAGUCGUACAUCUCCAAAGUCCAGCCGGACGACUUUGCCCUGGGCAACGACCUCAACUACGUCGCCCAGCAGUCCGCACGCAUCUGCCGGGCGCUCUUUAUGAUUGCGCUCAACCGCCGCUGGGGGCACCAGUGCCUUGUGCUGUUGUCUCUCUCGAAAUCGAUUGAGCGCCGCGUGUGGCCCUUUGAGCACCCGCUGAGCCAGUUCGAGCUGCCCCGGCCGGUCCUCGCCCAGUUGGACGAGAAGGGCACGGUGGCGUCCAUCGAGUCGCUGCGCGACAUGGAGCCCGGCGAAAUUGGCAGCCUGGUGCGCAACCACGGCGCCGGCAACAAGAUCUCGCGCAUCCUCAGCAGCUUUCCGACGCUGACCGUCGAGGCCGAGAUUGCGCCCCUCAACCGCGACGUCCUGCGCAUCAAGCUCUACCUGUACCCAGAUUUCCGCUGGAACGACCAGACCCACGGCACGUCCGAGUCGUACUACAUCUGGGUCGAGAACUCGGAGACCUCGGAGAUCUACCACCACGAGUACUUUGUGCUGAGCCGCCGCAAGCUGCACGAUGACCACGAGAUGAACUUUACCAUCCCGCUGUCCGACCCGCUGCCCGACCAGAUCUACGUGCGAGCCGUGUCCGACCGCUGGCUGGGCGCCGAGACUGUCACGCCCGUCUCGUUCCAGCACCUGAUUCGUCCGGACACGGAAAGCGUGUACACGGACCUGCUGGACCUGCAGCCGCUGCCCAUCUCUGCGCUCAAGAACCCGGUGCUGGAGGACAUUUAUGCGCAGCGCUUCCAGUACUUCAACCCCAUGCAGACGCAAAUCUUUCACACGCUGUACCACACGCCCGCCAACGUGCUUCUGGGCUCGCCGACGGGAAGCGGCAAGACCGUGGCGGCCGAGCUGGCCAUGUGGUGGGCCUUCCGCGAGCGGCCCGGCUCCAAGGUCGUGUACAUUGCGCCCAUGAAGGCGCUGGUGCGCGAGCGCAUCAAGGACUGGGGCGGGCGCCUGGCCGGCCCUGCCGGCCUUAAGCUGGUCGAGCUGACGGGUGACAACACGCCGGACACGCGCACGAUUCAGGACGCCGACAUUAUCAUCACGACGCCCGAGAAGUGGGACGGCAUCUCGCGCAGCUGGCAGACGCGUAACUACGUGCGGAAAGUCAGCCUUGUGAUUAUCGACGAGAUUCACCUGCUGGCCGGCGACCGCGGCCCGAUUCUCGAGAUCAUCGUGUCGCGCAUGAACUACAUUGCGGCCUCGACCAAGGUGCCUGUGCGGCUGCUGGGCAUGUCGACGGCCUGCGCCAACGCAACCGACCUGGCCAACUGGCUGGGCGUCAAACAGAGCCAGGGUGCGCUCUUCAACUUCCGCCACUCGGUGCGGCCCGUCCCGCUCGAGCUCUACAUUGACGGGUUUCCCGACAUGCGCGGGUUUUGCCCGCUGAUGCAGGCGAUGAACCGCCCGUCGUUCCUGGCCAUCAAGAACCACAGCCCGGACAAGCCGGUGAUUGUCUUCGUUCCGUCGCGCCGACAGACCCGCCUGACAGCCAAGGACCUCGUCAACUUCUGCGGCAUGGAAGACAACCCGCGCCGCUUCCUGCACAUGGCGGAGGACGACCUGCAGGCGAAUCUGGCGCGCGUCAAAGACGACGCGCUGCGCGAGGCCAUCAGCUUUGGCAUCGGCCUGCACCACGCCGGCCUCGUCGAGUCGGACCGGCAGCUCUCGGAGGAGCUGUUCUUGCACAACAAGAUCCAGAUUCUCGUGGCGACGAGCACGCUGGCGUGGGGCGUCAACCUGCCGGCGCACCUGGUGAUUGUCAAGGGCACGCAGUUCUUUGACGCCAAGAUCGAGGGCUACAAGGACAUGGACCUGACGGACGUGCUGCAGAUGCUGGGUCGUGCGGGCCGGCCGCAGUUUGACAACUCGGGCGUGGCGCGCAUCUUUACGCAGGACGCCAAGAAGGACUUUUACAAGCACUUUCUGCACACGGGCUUCCCCGUCGAGUCGUCGCUGCACACGGUGCUGGACAACCACUUGUGCGCCGAGGUGUCGGCCGAGACGAUUGUCAGCAAACAGGACGCGCUCGACUACCUGACGUGGACCUUCUUCUUCCGGCGGCUGCACAAGAACCCGUCGUACUACGGACUGGACAUUCUGCCCGAGGAGCAGCAGGACAACGGCGGCAUGACGGCACAGCACUUGGCCAACGAGUUCAUGGUGGACAUGGUGGACAAGGCCCUGAACGACCUGGCCACGUCCAAGUGCGUCGAGGUGUACCCCAACGGGGACGUGGACCCGACGCCGCUCGGCAAGAUUAUGAGCUACUACUAUCUCUCGCACAAGACGAUCCGGCACCUGGUGCGGCACGCCAAGGCGCGCGCCUCGUUCCUGGACGUGCUCUCGUGGAUGUGCCACGCGACGGAGUACGACGAGCUGCCCGUGCGGCACAACGAGGACCUGGUGAAUGCGGAGCUGUCGGCCAACCUGACGUUCCCCGGCACGUCGUUUGGGCUGCCCAUGUGGGAUCCGCACGUCAAGUCGUUCUUGUUGCUGCAGGCGCACAUGUCGCGCAUCACGCUGCCGAUCACGGAUUACGUGGGCGACCAGACGAGCGUGCUGGACCAGGCGAUCCGCAUCAUGCAGGCGUCGAUUGACGUGCUGGCCGAGCUCAACCACCUGUCGAGCUGUCUCGAGAUGAUUACGCUGCUGCAGUGUGUCAAAUCGGCCGUCUGGCCCACAGACCCGCCGGUCGCGAUCCUGCCGGGCGUUGACGGCGACGCGGCCGAGGCGUACGGCAAAUCCAAGGGUGCGUCCGCGCGCUUGCAGGCCGUCAGUGCCAUGACGGAGGCGCAGAAGAGGCAGCUCAGCAAGUCGCUGCAGGUGCCCGCGAGCCGUGUGAACCAGUUCAACCGUGCCGUGUCCUUGCUGCCCAACGUACAGGUAUCGGUCAGCCCCGUGACGUCGUCGUCUGUGACAAUCAACAUGAAGCGGCUCAACGCGCUGGUCGACCGCGAGGCCCGCAUGUACGCACCCAAGUUCCCCAAACCGCAGACGGAAGGGUUCUUUGCCAUUGUGGGUGACCUGGCGCGCGACGAGGUCUAUGCCAUCAAGCGGGUUGGUUGGAGCUCCGGCCCUGGUCGCAACGGUGGUGGUGCCGGCGACCGAGGCGGACGCGGGAGCCGUGGAGGUCGCGGUGGUGCCCCCGGUGGAUCGCAGCCUACAGCACGGGCAGUGGUGCAGCUGCCCGAGACGGUUGCCCAAACCGGCAAGGUGGACGUGCUCAUUGUGAGCGACGGCUAUGUGGGCCUCGAGUACCGCGUGCUGGGCGUAGAAGUGCCCAAGGCACCCGUUGUCGACGGCAUCGACAAAGAAAAGGGCCAGUAA